AUGUGGUUCGGAGGGAUGUAUACAAAAGAGUUAUGUAGCUCCGGGGAGGGCGGAGCAGUGCUGUUGGAGAUAGGAGAGGAGAGCCGGGUAGUAUGGAGAGGAGCGGGGGUGUGGUUGAGAGAUGAUGAUUACAGGCUCGAGGCGAUCCGCGGCAAGUUUGAGGAGAGACAUGCUAUUUAUAUCCUGAACAUCACGUCUGGGGUGAUGGGAGAUGAAAAUCGAGAGUCAGAGAGGAGGGGAAGAGGGACAGGGUCGAGAUCUGGAGGGAUCGAGGGGGAGUGUGAGACUGGGGGUGUGGAGGACUGCAGUCUGGAAGUGAAGGCGAUGCAUGUAAGGGGGUUGGGGGAAUAA